AUGGGAAGUGGACAUAAUUGUCGCCAGUCAACCCCGAGAUCCUGCUCGGAGGUCUGCAAACACCACAGCAGGAGCGGAAGCUAUAGGAUUGAUCCAGAUGGCGAGGGAUUGUUGGCACCAUUUACUGUGUACUGUGAUAUGAAUGACAAAGAGGGUGUUGGCCAGACAGUCAUCGGUCACGAUAGUGAGAGCAGGAAGUUGGUGAGAGGAUGUAACCGCCGCGGUGGUUACUUACGUGAUACUCAUUACACAGGAGCGAGUCUGUCUCAGUUAGCGAGUCUCACCAAAGUCCCCCUCACACUGUGA